UCCCCUCUUCUUCGCUCUAUGUGUCUGCAGUUUUGUAAUGCGGAGCUUAUGACUCGAAAUUGGGGCUUGAUUGAGAAAUUGGAUAUUAAAAUCGUCAUUUUUAAAGAUUUCCACUGUCUGUGGUGGAGCAAGUCAGCAAGGCACGGGCUUAAAAUAUUCCGCCCUUUCAACCUGCAGCAACUGUCACGAGAAAGGAACCUUUCCAGGACUGGAGGCCAGUGCAGGACCGGGCACGCCCAGUGAUAGUCUCAUACACACGCACGAGGGCAAUUCAAGGUUAAAAUGAAGAAUGAAUUGAGAGUCAAAAAUGGACACUGAUCUUCCAUCCACUGACAAUCAGCCUUCAUCCAGCAAGCCUCCGACGCAGCUGGGUCGAUCUCAGUUGAAUGCUUUUAGUGGUUUUGCAUCUGUAGCAAGGGCUGCCAUGCAGGAGGAAAAAAUGAAAGGAAACUCCUCUGCCUCAAAUGACAUGCAGUUUGAACCUUCAGACAACACAAAUGUUCCAGAUGCUGGAGAAGUUCCUGAAGCUAAAGAGCAAGAAAUUAACUUUGCAGAACAGGAACUAAAGGCCAAAGCUGGAAAUAUGGAUGCCCAGCUCACAAUGGGAAAGUAUUAUUUAAAGAUAGCGGAAGAACAAGAUGAAGAGCUGAACAACUGUAAUGCUGUGAGUUGGCUGCUGUUGGCAGCAAAGCAAGGACGAAGAGAGGCUGUAAAAUUGCUUAGAAAGUGUUUGACCGAGAGGAAAGGGAUUACUUCAGAGAACGAAGAGGAGGUGAAGAAACUAUGUUCAGAGUCAGAAUUUGAACGUACUGUGAGGAAAGCAGCACUAGUUAUGUAUUGGCGAUUAAACCCCAAGAGAAAGAAAAAAGUUGCUGUAUCUGAGCUGCUUGAAAAUGUAGGACAAGUCAGUGCGGAUGAUAACAGAAAUGAAUCCAAACCUGGUCCUGUCCCAGCAAAAGUUCAGAAGGAGAGGAGAAUGCUGGAGCGUCUUGUUAGUAGUGAAUCAAGUAAAUUUGUAGCUCUUGAUGACUUUGUUGAGAUAACCAAAAAAUAUGCAAAAGGCAUUAUUCCAACUAGCCUUCUGAUGAAUGAUGAUGAUGACGAUGACGAUGAUGAUGAUAAUCUACAGGGGAAGAGUCCAGAAGAUCUGCCGCUAAAUCAAAAGAUUCUGAAGUAUCCUCUUCAUGCCAUAAUUGAAGUCAAGGAGCACCUUAUAGAUAUAGCUUCUAAAGCUGGAAUGCAUUGGCUGAGUACCAUCAUACCUACUCACCACAUUAAUGCGCUCAUUUUCUUUUUCAUCAUCAGCAAUUUAACUAUUGAUUUCUUUGCUUUUGUUAUUCCACUGGUCAUCUUCUACUUGUCUUUCAUUUCUAUGGUGAUUUGCACGUUGAAGGUUUUCCAGAAUAGCAAGGCCUGGGCAAACUUUAGAACAUUGACUGACUUGUUGACGCGCUUUGAACCUACUCUUGAUGUUGAACAAGCAGAGACCAACUUUGGCUGGAACCAUUUGGAACCGUACAUCCAUUUUAUUCUUUCAGUUUUUUUUGUGAUAUUCUCUUUUCCGAUUGCUAAUAGAGAAUGGAUACCAUGCUCUGAACUUGCAACAAUAGCCAUUUUUUUCACUAUUGCAAGUUAUAUGAGCAUGAGCACCUCUGCUGAACCUUACACCAGAAGAGCCCUUCUCAUCGAAAUUGCCUCUGCAUUAUGUGGAAUGAUGAAGGAUUUGCCAGAAAGCUUGUCAUUACUUCGUUUCUUUGGUAAAACGUUUCUGACUAUUCCAGUUGGCCAUUUUAUUGUACUUAACCUAAGCAUCCCUUGUAUCCUUUAUAUGUACCUCUUUUAUCUUUUCUAUCGAAUGGCUCAGUUAAGAAACUUCAAAGGUACGUAUUGUUUUUUGGUCCCAUAUAUGGUGUGCUUCAUGUGGUGUGAGUUUACUGUUGUGUUGUUGCAGAACUCCACCAGCAUAGGACUCAUUCGGACCUCAGUGGGGUAUUUUCUUUUUUUGUUUGCCCUGCCAAUUUUAAUGCUCGGAAUUGCAGUUAUGAUGGUUAUUCAAUUUAUCAAAUGGUUUAUCUCUCUAGAACUUAUUAAGAUAGUAGUAACGUUGGUUUUAUGUGCAAUCCCUGUUGUCUUUCGAUGGUGGACAAAAACCAGCUUUUCUGUGGUGGAAAUGGUCAAGUCUCUAACCAGGAGCUCAAUUGUUAAACUUAUUCUUGUUUGGAUUUCUGCGAUUAUGCUUUUCUGUUGGAUCUACGUGUACAGAUCAGAAGGAAUGAAAGUAUAUAACUCCACUUUGACAUGGCAGCAAUACGGGUUCCUGUGUGGUCCUCGCGCAUGGAAAGAUUCUAAUAUGGCUCGUACUCAGAUUCUCUGCAGUCACCUGGAGGGCCACAGAGUUACAUGGACAGGCAGGUUUAAGUAUGUCCGUGUAACCGAGAUUGAAAAUAGUGCAGAGUCGGCCAUCAACUUGCUACCACUGUUCAUUGGAGACUGGAUGAGAUGUUUGUAUGGUGAAGCUUACCCAUUAUGUGAUCCUCAAAAUGUGACUAUCGAAGAGGACGAACUCUGCAAGCUGAAAUUCCUUACAAAACACGAAUGCCAUCUCAAACGCUUUGACCGUUACAAAUUUGAAAUAAAUGUUGGGAUGCCCUUCAGUAACAAAAAUGGCAAUAAGUCUUUAGAAGAAGAUGAUGCCACCAAAGAUAUUGUGCUAAAGGCAAGCAAUGAAUUCAAGAAGGUUCUUCUUACAUUGGGGCAAGGAAGCGUUGUAGAGUUUAGUACCAUCUUAGAAGGGCGAUUAGGAAGUAAGUGGCCAGUGUUUGAGCUAAAAGCCAUCCGGUGCUUGAAUUGUAUGUCCAAGUUGAUACCCAUUGGCAGGCAAUUCAAAAUAGAGUAUGACUGGAGGAAUACAGUUCAGCAUGCAUUCAGAUUUGCUUUUGACUUCUUUUUUGAUCCUUUCUUAUCUGCUGCUGUAAAUACAAAGUGAUGCUUACUCGAGACUCUGGUAUGUAAUAUGAUUUCUGUUUUUUAAAACACUGCUAAAGUUAUAAACAAAGAACAGCAAUUAUUGUGCGAGUGUGUCUCUUAGUACGCUCUCGGCACUACAAUAAAAAAAAAAAAAUACAGAACUUGUGAAGCACUUUAAUCUAUUGUAAGCAAAACAAACUGCAUGUAUUGGUAAAGUAACCUAUGUUGAAAUCUUGUUCUGCAAUUGGUGUUAGAGGUGAAGUAACACUAACACAUUACAAGGUGAGAAAGUGGUUUCAGUGCAGCACAUUAACUGUAACAAUGCUCUUUAAACUUGAAUGUUUUUUUUUCUCUUAUUGUGUUUCUAAUAAAGAAAAGAAGAAACAAAGUGAUCACAUUUGAUAUGCUGCAUUGCACAGUAUUAUCCAUUAAACAACUGAAUGGCUAUCAAAGCUUGGGCUGUAGUGGAGAGGAUUAAAGAGAAAAAAAAGAUUAAUUUUCUAAUCAUUUGUACAAAUUUCUUUACCACUGUUACACAAGUAGGCUGUACCUACUAAUCCAGUAUGGAUACUGUUCAUUUGAUUAAAAUAAAUACAAAAUGAAUGUUUUGCAAAUGCUGCACUUUGUUCCUCUGGUGUUACCAGAAGCACUUAGUGAUCAGUGUUUCACAAGAGAGAGAUGGAAUAUCUUAUUGCCAGUCAAAUAUUACAGCAUGAUAUUUAACUAUCUUGAUUAUGCCCGAACGUCUGAUUAACUUAAAUAAAUUAUUAGAAAGUGUAUCAAAUAUUAAAUAAUAAUAAUAAUAAUUGAACUGAAAAGAGCAGAGAAGUUAGACAAAGUUAGUCGUUUGUUUUGUUAGAUAUCAUAGGGGCAGGAGGGCUUCUGAUUGACGGAAAGCAGAAAAUAGCAUUUGUGACUGAGGUGAGUUGACAAGCCUGCUAACUUAUGUGAGAGACCGAGAUUUAGUAAAAUGAGCAGUGUCAUUUUCUUUUCACAGGGAGAAAUUUAGGGCAAAAUAUUGCAAAAAGUAAAAUAAGCAGAUUAAAUCCUGUUGCUUUGGUCAUGGUUUAAAUUAGUCUGUUUCCCUUUUCUAACAUGUAGAACAUUUUGUCCAUAUUCCAUAUGUGAAGACCCAUAAUAUCAAUACCUUGCUUGCCUACGUGGAGUUAAAAUGGUUAGCUCUUCAAAUACUCCAUCAAUUGAUUUUUGUAAGCUUUUAUACAUAUGUGAAGGGCGAGUCUGCUAACCGCUUAUGUCGCAGUGCUGCUGAGGAAGAAGCUGACCACUGCACUGACUAUGCACAUUCUGCCCAGGGAGUUUUUAACUGCUUCCUCUUUCUUGCAUCCAUUAUUCCACCAGACUUGAGUGGUCCAGUGCCUUGUUAUGUGGAUACAUCUUUGAGAACUUAAAAAAAACUGUUUUGUGCACUUUCAGUACUGACGUAUUCUUACAGAUGCUACAGUUUGUUUUUUACAGAAGGCUGUAAAAACCUGUAUGCUCCAUUGGUGUUGCUUGAUUCUGUCCCAAUUGAAUUGUAAUGGGAUUGAGGUGAAGGAGCGUGGUACUGCUGGCACUGAGCAGGUUUAAUUUAUGCUUGCCCCUUCUAUGAGGGAGCAAGUGAAGAAGUGGUGCCACAAUGUGCAAACAAAAUAGGAGAGUAGUAGAUACUAGUAACACUACACUCAUUACUCACUUGCAAGGGAUCUAUGCCUGCCUAGCAGGAUUAGGACGACUGACUAUUUUCAGUUCAGUGUGAUAUUCUGAAGCAGACUUGGGAGUAUCACAGUUUAAAUCUUCACACCAUUAAUUUAGUGUUACAUACACCAAGGAGCUCCUAGUAGCUACUCUUCUUAAGAUAUAAUCUGUUUUGGUGCUACAUUGCCCCAAGAAAUGGCAUGAUUUUUUUGUUGAUAUAAUGAUGAAUAUGGAACCUCUGAGCCGGGAGGAAGAGGCUGUUGUUGUCUGGUGGCAUAUUGGUGUGGCAAGAUAUCUGAGGUGUGUCCGGGUGAAAAGCAGUAUUUUUGCAUGGGGAAAAAAUGUGGAUUCAAUUAUUCAAUUAUCUUUUGAUAGCUUUUAUGGUACAUCAAUAUGGGGAGGUUACAUAUUAAUUACUUAAUUAUUAGUGUUUUUUUUUUUCUUAAUUUAUUAUUCAUUCUUCUGUUAUGGAAUUUAGUUUUCUUAUUUUCCCCCUCACUUAUUUUGGAUGAAGGUCUCCAGUUUUUCUCUCUCUGGUAACUCCACUUUGAGUGUUUGGGGCCAUGCUUUCCAUCACUCUAGUCACAUCGGUUUCUUUCAGUUUGAUAUAGAUUAUACAUCUUGUUUGAGAACGCUAGGUUUAUUUUAAAAACACUUUCCUUAGCAGCAGAAACAAACAUAAAAUUCUGUGAGAAUUUUGGUUGAUCUCUGGCUUGCUUUUCUUUUCCAACAUGGUCAUUUCUAGAGUAACAAUUGUGAAAGGAGGUAUUUAUUUCUGAAAGCCUGAGCAUUCUUGUCUGCUUAAAGUGUGCCUUAGUACAUCCUUUUAUUGCAAUUUUUAAUGUAAAAAUUCACACUACACUCCUGCUGGCUGGUUUCACAAGCCUUUACUUUAUGUGUGGUGAAUAAUUGGUAAUCGGCAUUUUAAAUUCGUUUGUUUUAUAUAUUUGCUAACGUAAAGGUUCAAGGCUGCGUUUUUAGCUUUUUUUUUCCAACUGUCUGUUUUCUUGCAUGAUUGGCAGUUACUGAGAAUCAGCAUUAAGCUGUGAAAUAUCAGAACUACAUCACAACCCAAAUACUUGCAUCUGUGUUCAGCUGCGUGCAGAUGUUUGGUACUGUAAGUCAAGUCUUUCUUUCUGACUUUCAAAAGGCUUGUUUGUAUAUAUGAUCAACAUUCCCUUAGUAAACUUAAUGUCAUGGAUAUAUUUUUAUACCAAAUGUUGUCAUUCUAAAUCUAUUGUUUAAAACUAUUGUUUGUUAAAAUAUUUAAAUCUAGGGAAAAGAAAAUAAAAACUAUUUUUAGCUGCUUGGCACCAUAUAUAGGUGUGGUGAUGGAGACUCUUGAGUUGUAUUUGUUUGUGGUAAGUCAUUAAGGGCAUAAUACCUAAAGUUCAUUAUAUUCUAGAUGUAACCCCAGAUUAUUGAAAAUGUGCCUUUUUCUUGUAGAAUAAGUGAUUUAACCUGUUGAAAUGUAUUAAAUAUUCAGUGAGAUGGGAGUGCAAUAUAUUUUUCAGUUCAUUGUACUCUGGGGUUUGUCAGAGCAGUAGUUUGAGACUCGGCUCAAGGCAGCCUACACUUUAACAGAGACCAGUUUGUUUACAUCUGAUCUUUCAACAAAGACCAUUUUACUGCCGAAUUAAGUUCCAUUUUUAAUUGGAUCAGUUUCCUUAUUUCUGCCUGGAAUCGCAAUCAGGCAACAAUGAAAAUCAGAAAUGACUUCUUCACUAGUUCAUGUUUACAUACAAAACAAUGCAUUCUUCAUGUAAGUGGGCUGUUAUGGCUUUUUAAAUUACCUUUGGAAUCCAAACAUUCAGACUAGCUCUGGGAAAUGCUUUAUUACUUGAAUAUAAAUUGUUUUAGUUAGCUGGUUUUCUUCUUUACAAAAGUGAGCCUUGAGUGUUGUGAUAGAAUGACAGAAAUAAAAUAUAAGACUUUCAUUUUUUAAUAUAUGAAUUGUUAUUUAAAUAUAAAGCACACCUAUUGGAUAGCAUAACUUUGAGGACAGUAAAGCAGCAAAUCCAGUGAAAGGGAAUGAACCUCCGAUUUAAAAGGCUGGUUUGAGGAAAUCCGUGUAGGCAUUGCUGCAUUCCAGAAGCAGAGGUUCAAAUGUGUGUAACACGAGAAAAUGAACUGAGAGCAGUCAGUGACGUGCUGCUGGCCAGGAACUGCAGACUGCUUUAAAGUGAGGAGGGUGAUUGUUCAGGGAGGGAUGGAUGGAUUUAUUACAUGGUUGGUAAUUCUCUCUACUGUGGCACUCCUCUGAAGUGAGUUUUGCUUUAGUAGUCCAAAACUUUGUUUUAUACUUGUGUACUGAUUUAGAGAUAAGAAUUUGAUUACUCAUAUUCAGUCUAAAGUAUAUGUGGCACUCCAAACCCCAAUGAUUCAGUUUAAAACAAGUCACAAACUCUGCAGUCUCACUGGAGGACAUGUAAUCGAAUACAAUUUACUACACAACUGGUGCUGUUUGGAAGACUUCACGGUUUUGAGAGAGAGAUUGUUGAGUUAUAUUUGAAUAAAACAGUGGUUCUGGUUUUAAACAUUUUGGCAUACAAAACAUAGAUGUUCUCUAUGUAAUUUUACAUGGAUCUACAGGCAAACAAAAAUCCAAAACAUUAGACCUUUGCAAAUAUUUUACUUUGUUUAGAUCUCAUUUCUGCUUCUUUCAUAAUCUCGCCUUUGAGUCCAUUAAUAGGCAGAUAUUACAGGGACUUUCGAUUUGUACUCGUUUUACUUUUUAUUUUUAGUUAUUGGUUAAACUCUGUUAUUGUUUUCCUCUGUUAAAGAGGAAUUUUGACAUGUUUGAUGCUUUAUGCCAAUAAGCAAAUGCAAGGUUAAACUGAAAAGUAGGAGAAUAACUGGAAUAAGUACUUAAGAUGUACUUUUCUCAACCAUGCUUUACAUACUUAAAUAUAGUGAUGGUAAUAACGAUACAUUCAUUGCAUUGAAGAGCAGCAUUAUAGAUGAACAUAUCUGAAGUUUACAUUUUAUUUUAUUUAAUUUUUUUUAGUAGUGUACCAAUCUUAAGUGUGCAGCCAGUAUACUGGCUUGGGUCAAUGAGUAUUUUUACUCUUUUGUUAUUAUAUUGAUUAUUUGCUCUUGUCGGAGAGAAUUACUUAUUUCAGCUUGUUUACAAUUUGUUGUUUGUGUUCCGAUUUCUCCUUAAUAGGUGACAUGUUAUCAUAAUGGAGCACCAGAAAAGUUACCUCAUGGCAGAACUGGACUGGUGUUCCAUCCAAAGUUGAAGACUGACUUAACUCUUAAUGUUACCAAGAUGGCAGGGGCUUCUUAUGACAUUAAAGUAGACUAAGCAAGUCUGAGAAUAUUAAGAUAUAUUAAAAAGGGGUAAUAUAGGGCACGUUCACUGGAACCUGCUUGUUUAUGCUUCCUGCUUUUAGAGAUUUGAGUGUCUAAUCUGGAGUUGAAUAUUUGAAAGAAGUAACCAUGACAUGUACUAGUAAUGUGCCUCUCCGUGUCAAAGGGUCAAAAUCUGAUCAGACCUCACUUGGAGUACCUGUGCUGUUGGUUUUUGUCUUUAAUUUGAUGUACAUUAUUGUCCUCAUACUGUAUGAUAUACUGUAUGCAUUGAGCUUUACAAAGGAGCACUAGAUAGUCUGAAAAAUCCUGGGAGAUAUUUAAAAAGCCAUACAUCAAGCACUGCAUCAGCUGAGCUGUACAAAAUACUAAAUUUAAACAUGAAAAGCUUCAGUAGUCCCGUGUCCAGUAAAUCUUUAAAGUUUUGAUCAUCUUUAGAGUUAAGACUGUCCAUCUACAUUUGUGUUACGUCGAGUGAAUGUCCAUCUAUAUGUUUUGUUUAUAUUAAUGUAUGAAUUGUUUAUUUUAUUCUUCAUUUAAGAGAACAGAACGUGAUGGGUAUGUACAAAACCGUUUCAUAACUUGUGAAAAUGCAUAUUUAUUGCUGAUAAGCUUUGCAUGUUAAUUGGCCUGUGGACCAGUAUUUUCAACUCUGCUGUAAUAUUCAAGUUAGGCUAUACAGUAUGCUUUGUCACACAUCUGGUGAUUAGUAUGGACAAUGUUUUGUUACAUGUAAACUUUUUUUUUUGAGGUAAUCCAUAUUAUUCAUAAAUUAAAAGCUUGUCAGUACUUUUUAACAUAUGACAUAUGAAGGAGGCCUGUAGACAGACUGUAAUGCAGUUAAUCCAAAUGUCAUUAGCAGAGGCGCCUGACAAUCGGUUGCUUUACAUGCCCAUGUACAGUUGAUCUGGCAGCAUUUUCAAGAGAGUUUAUUGGUAUACCCGAUAGUUAAAUUCUUUAGUAUGCCAAAGAUUUACAUUCUUGCACAUACUGAUUUUUUUUUUUUAACAAGUUUUAAAAAUAUAAAAGGCUUUGGUUAUUUUAUUGAGAAAGUUGGCUUAUAAAGCAUGUUGUGCUGCAAUUGUGUACACAGACCCUGAAUUAAAGUAUGCAGAGAGGGUCCAUGUCCUUGCGUUUGUGUGCAUUUCCUGCAGGUGCUAUCAUUUCCUUACGCAGUUUUAAGAUAUCCCGUAGGCAUGACUGGGGCCUGUGUGUUGACCUGGCUUCUGCCUUAUAUCCAUUACUGUCAUCGCCACAAAAUACUAACCUAAAUUUGAAGGUUAAGACAGUAUUUAAUAUUAUUUCAUAAAAGCAAUAGAACAUUGGCCUCAAAAAAAUGGCUAGAUUGGAAUAUGGUAAGUUUGUAAAAUUGUUUGUUCUCUGUACUCUUUGUAAAACAAAAACACCAUUUUAGUCAAACUAGUAACCCGUCAUCUCCCAAGUUAUUGUAAUAUUUGGGCAAUAUAGCAUUAAAAAGACAGUUACUGGUGCUGUUGAAAUGAUUGCUGUCAGGUCUUGAUAGGUGCCAUUUAUGCAGAGUUUGCUUGUAUUGCCUGACAGCAUUUGCAAUGAAUAGUUUGCCUUUGUACAGAAUGUCACAACUUCAACAGUGGCAGUUCAGGGUUUUUUUCUUUGUUCAGCUGAUAAUGAGCGUAAAAAAAAAAUUAGGUUCACAUGUUUUGAUGAACAUAUAUUUUGGUUUCACAUAACAUAUAUUUUUCAUAGGCUGUUUUUAUUAUAUGAUUGAAAAUAAUUUCCAGAACAAUUCUUUAUGCAGUCAUAUGCACUACUAACCAUUCGGUAACACAAAUAGUCAUCUUUCUCACUAAUGUUGUCAGUUGAUUUGAAAGUAAUUUUUUCUGCUUGUAGUGCAUCUGUUUGCCAAUUUUUAGUUUUCUAAGAAAUACAGGUAUGUUUUAUGUCAAAUGCUGCCUUAUAUAAUUAUUACUAACUUUUAUGGUUGAAGUGCCUAUUAUGUACAUUGUCUUUGGUUCAUUUACAACACGGCCUAGUAUCUCUGUACUACUGGCUUGCGUUUUUGUCCCUGACUUACAGUGUUGAUGGUCCUGUUCUUCAUUCUGUAUUAAAUCACAAUGUUUAAUAAAUAUUUAAGUGAAAAGC